CGCAGCGACGAACAACCACGGUUGUACAAGUGGAGGUUCUUCAGUGGUUGACGAGGAGAAGGAGAUUUUGAUCACGAAAACCAGUUCAAUUCUGAACAGCGUGCCGCAGGUGAAUGACUUGAGCAAUCUGUACCUGUCCUACGACAAGUACGGCGUCCGCAUCGGCGGUUUCGCGCCCAACUACCCGGUGGGCUGGCAAAACAUCCGCGUGGGCGACCGCAUUGUGGAGGUCAACGGUGUGAGUGUGGUGAACCGCCAUCGAAAUUUCAUCGAACAGCUGCUGCUGGAGAACGAGACCGAGGUCGUUUUGCAAAUCCGCCGGAAACUAGACGGCAGUAUGACUGACCGCAUUCCUUUUCUGCAGUACAAGGGAUCCAACGUGGGUGCUAAGGGCGGUGCGAGUCGGACCGGCUUUCGUGGCGCUGCUUCGAGAAUGCGAGGCAUUGCAUCUUCUUCACCAGCAUCCGGUUCCGGUGGUAGCACUACGGCUAGCAGGACCCAUGCCAAUCUGCGUUCUGCGGCAGCCAUGUCCUCCGGGAGUCCAUCGCAGGUCGUGCUGAAAACAACGGGGCUUGAUGAGGCGAAAAGGACGACAACGAAUGCGUCCAGUGCCAACAGUACUAAGGCUCCGCGGGGGCGAAUUGUGUACGGCGGAGUGGAGUCCAUGCUCCUGUCAACGAAUUCGUCGUCUCCAAAACUCCAAGAUAAAUACGCAAAAACUGCCUCCUCCCAAAGCCAAAGCAGAGUCCAGCCGUUUGAUUCUUCGAGCAAGACGAGGACCUAUGUGAACAACCCUUCGGGUGUUUCGAUUUCGUCCCAUCGGAGCCAACAGCAAUCGCCUCCGCCUGGUCUGCGAUUCAAGCCUGGAUACGGGCCAGUGCACAACCCGCACGUGCCGGUUUAUGAACAGUACGAAAUGCCGUCAGGGAUCUUUUGAUCGAUUUCGUUCGGAAAAAAUAGAUGAUUAUCGUGGCUAAAAGAAAGACGCAAAUGUGUUUGUACGAUAUAGGAUAAUUAGAAGCUCGUACGUCAGGACUAUCAGAUCUAUCAGGACGCAGUUUCAUUUAUUUUGAAUUAGGAACAGAAAUGUACUAUGUAGAGACAACAUAAAAGUAAAAGGCCACAUACCGCAGUUUCAUGCUGCUCUAUCUAACGAAGUUUCAGAUACCAUACAGAAAUUGUUCUUCUAUGCACAGUAAAGCUUGGGAUUUAAAGAAAAUAUAAGAAAAUUAUAGAAAAAAACAAGUUGAAAUAAAUUUUGCAGUGAGCAGGGGGCCAAAUAUUCUGGAUCUGUCUAUUGAACCUGUCGAUGUCGGUUAUAUCCAACUGCUUUUGAGGCGUUGGCGUCGAGAGCAUUGUAUAAAUAUGAAUUUACACAUGAUCAUACAUAGACCCAAUGGUAUGUCCAUCUUCUGUUUCAGAUGUCCAAGAUCCUUGACCACUCAUGAUCACCAACCAUGUUCUUGUUGGUCCCGGUCCACACUGCCUUGAAUCAUUCCCAGUUGUUCUGGACUAUGCGACCGUGGCAUCUUGGCGUAGGGAAAAGGAUACAUAACGUGACGAGUGACCAAGCUUCACAGCAAAUACCUCAGCACUUGAUACCAUGCGUGUCGCAGUUGCUCUCGUAUCUAAUUUUGUCGUUCGGUUUCGCCGCGUCGAAUCGAGUGUGUCGGAGUAUU